AAGAGGUCCGCGAAUCAGAGAAGUCACAUCGUUACCAUUUGUUAACAUCUAGGGAAAUGAUUGGAAAUUUGCAAGAAACUGUGUCACAAUUGGUUUAUCUUAAAAAGGAUGCAAAAAAGUUAAAAGAAGAAAUAAUGUCCCGAGACAAAGCAAUUUUAGCCAUGGAGAAAGAUAGAGAGAGUAUUUAUGGAAAUCAUAGAAAACACAUUAUGGACUUACAAAAUACCCACGAAAAGGAAAUUGAGGAAUUAAAAAUCCACAAUGAAACAACAGUUAAACAGUUGCAUUACGAAUCGGAUACGCAAAUAGCGCAAUUCACGUGUACUAUCGAGGAGCUAAGAACCAAGCUGAGAGACGUGGAAACAGAACAUAAAGAAAAAAUAAACGUAGUGGUGCUUGAAUACGAGGAAAAAAUUCAACGCAGUGAGUUUCAGGUAACCCAAUUACAGGAACAAUUGGCGCGUGAGACGGCCAGAGCUGAUGCCAACAUCGAUGCUUAUCAUCGGCGUCUCGAGGAGUUAGAAGAGAAACUCAAACAAACUCAGUUCAAACACUACUUGGCACACAGAACUUAUCCAUCUCAGUAUGAAAGUCAGGUUGAACGGCCUUAUUCUGUUGAGAGGGAUUACGCGGAACCAAACUUUGUUAACUUGGAUUCAACAGUGGAAGCCACGAAGCGAAAAGGGGUGCCGUCUUCCAGCCAGAAUAAGACGCCAAGAACAAAUACGUUACAAGUUAUGUAUUAUGGAAGCAAUUCGAAUCUAUCGAAAGCUACCGAAAAGAAGGGAUCUUUUCAUAUAACCAAGAAGAGGAAGUUGUAUAAUGAAAAAGAUUUUAUAAAUAUGUAGUCCCUUGGUAUUGAAAAGUCUUAGAUAAUAAAA